AUGCCGUCGAUUAAACUUGCUAGUUCCGAUGGUGAGAUUUUUGAUAUAGAUGUGGCUAUUGCAAAACAGUCCGUCACUAUCAAAACCAUGUUAGAUGACUUAGGAUUGGAGGAGCAAGGAGAUGAAGAGCCAGUUCCCCUUCCAAAUGUCAAUGCUGGAAUUCUACGUAAAGUUAUCCAGUGGUGCACAUAUCAUAAAGAUGAUCCACCACCACAGGAAGAUGACGAAAACAAAGAACGUCGUACAGAUGAUAUUCCUAGCUGGGAUCAAGAGUUUUUGCGUGUUGAUCAAGGAACAUUGUUUGAAUUGAUGUUAGCAGCCAACUAUCUUGAUAUUAGAGGACUCCUGGAUGUAUGCUGUAAAACUGUAGCUAAUAUGAUCAAAGGAAAAACACCAGAAGAAAUACGCAAAACUUUCAAUAUUAAAUGCGAUUUCACACCCCAAGAAGAAGAACAGGUCAAGAAAGAAAAUGAAUGGUGUGAAGAGAAAUAA